UAAGUACUUAUUGAGUUAAAAGCAUUUAAACACAUAGAGUAGACAUGAAACGAUAGUUAAUGUAUAUGUUAAUAUCGGGUCAAAAAAAAUUGUUUGAUUUGUUAUUUAAUCUGGUGCAAUAUAUUUAAAUAGUGACGACAGAAACUGGUAUUGGAAUGUCUCCUCUACAAUGGAUAUACAAAAAAUGAGUUCAAAAUGACUGACGUUAUCAAAUAAAACAAUGCUGAUUACAAACUUUUCAAUAUUGAUUUAUUUGGUCUUACUGUGCACUGCACAAAGGUUGACAUAUAAUGAACUUAUACCAUCUAGAAUAAGCGCAAGAUUGAGCAGAAUGACUUCUGCAGUUUCCGAAACUGUUAAUACGUCACCCAAUCCCACCGGUAUAAGACGACAGCAAACAUAUCCUUUGACACUGCCUUUUCCAUGUAAAAAUAUGACAGCUCCAGGUAUUGGAAGAAGUAUGAUCCGACCAACUAGUGUUCAUAAACUACGACCUGGUGACAUAGACGUCAUUGGUGCAAUGGGAGAUAGCUUAGUAGCUGGGAAUGGCGCUUUAGAAGAAUACGCAAUGGGUACUUUAAUUGAGUAUCGCGGAGUUUCUUGGGCAGCAGGAGGAGAAGCAACUUGGCGCUCUUAUCUGACUUUGCCGAACAUCCUUAAAGAGUUUAACCCCGCAUUAAAAGGAUACUCUGUAGGAAAGGGUGAGUUUCUAGCACCUAAUUCUCAUAUGAAUGUCGCUUUUCCUGUAUCAGCUGACUACGAAGCGUACAAACAAGCACAAUUUUUAGUGAAAAAAAUGAAAAGAGAUUCAUCUAUUGAUUUUAAAAAUGACUGGAAAUUAGUUACUAUGUUCUUUGGUGCCAAUGACUUGUGUUCCGGUCAGUGUUAUGAUAAAGAUGGUACUACACCAUUACAACAUAGUAAAAAACUUCAAAAAGCAAUAGAUUACCUUCAAGAUAAUUUACCUAGAACCAUAGUUAAUCUUGUACCAGUACUAGACGUAUCGGUCAGUGUUCGAGUGAAAAGAUCAUUCAUGUGCCAUAUGCUUCAUAGAUUUUUCUGCGCAUGUUUUCAUCAAAGAGGAAACGUCAACGAAAUGGAUGAAAUCACGCAACUAGUGAGAGAUUAUCAAGGCGCUGAACAAAUAUUGAUCAAUAGUGGAAAAUAUAAUAAAAAAGAAGACUUUACUGUUGUUAUUCAGCCUUUUAUCAAACUUUUUAACGCUCCACUAGACAAAAAACGACAAUUUGAGGAAGUUAUUGAUAUUUCAUAUGUUACUUAUGAUUGCUUUCAUUUUAGCCAAAAAGGACACGCUUUAGCUGCUAAUUUAUUAUGGAACAAUAUGAUGCAACCCGUAGGCGCAAAAUCUGAAUCUUCAAUGGACUACAUUAUGCAAGAAUUUUUGUGCCCGACUCUUGAACAUCCUUAUAUUUAUACUGCUAAUAACUCUUAUUCAUUCAAUUUUGCUAACAAACUGUGACAAGUUUAAAUGUUAACAUUUAGGCACCAACUUUGUUGUAUCAUAAUACAAAAAAUGUAUAUAAGCUUUAAUGAAAAUCUGAGACAGUUACUUCAUGAAGACUUGUAUAGUGGGAGUUCAGCCUACAAUUUUUAAUACCAAUUAAUUAUUGUACCAACAGUCUUAUUUAAAUUAUUUCUAUUUAUUUCUAUUAAUAUUGUAUGUGAACUUGUGAAAAAACAUAAUGAAAAUCAUCGAGAGAUAUUAUAAAAUUUAACAAGAAAUGUAUAAACUAUAUUUUUCCCGGGGAAUUAAAAAAUGUUGAAAGUUUUGAAAAAUCUGAAAAUUAAUCCUUUUGAGCGCACAUUUUAAUGUUUUAUAAUUUUAUUUGCCUAGAAAAAUUAAUUUUGUAGUUUUUGUAUUUAAUGUGAAUAGUUAUAUUUACAGUAUAUAAGUCCCCUUGUCUCUAAUUUAUUAAUGAUACUAUCUAAGUUUUAACUCUACAUUUCUUAACUUAAUCAAACAGUAAUCGUUUUACAAAUUUAUAACAGUUGAAGUAGCAAUAAUUUAUAAAUAUUAUACUUCUACGACUUAUUUACGGUAAAAAGUUACUAUCCCGUGCAUUAUACAUUUAUAUAAUAAUAGCAACUUCUGUAAAUGUUUUUACAACAUCCAAAGAUACAUAAUAUAAUUUUAGUAGUUAAUAAAUUAUUUUUUUUUUUUUUAUAACAGAUUUUUAUUUAAUUAUCAAUUAACAUAUUAUUUAUAGUACUUAGUAAUUUAUUGAGUUCUUGAGUAAAUAAUGUUUCAACGAAGAAAUUUUUUAUUUUAUAAAUAAAUAGUACCUUAAAAAAAUUUGUUUUCAGUUAUAAUGAGGCAAUAAAAAAAAACACAGCACGGGGGGGUUAUGGCACAGUGAUGACGUGGCAUAGUUGGAUCAAGUAUAAUGAUAUCUGACAGUGAGUAAAAUCACUAUCAAAAAUAAACGCUUCGAUGCAAAUCUUUAGAUAGUGUUUAAUUUUAAAAAAUU